AUGGGUAAAGGAUUCAAAUUACAGGAAACGGAAUUCGCUUCGCGAACGCCUGAGACGAGCGUGUCCGUCGACCAUCCUACGGAGAACACCCCAGUUCGAUCGCAGCUCGUUCAAGAGCAGCCGACAGCACCUCCGUCAACGCCAGUAGUUCCAGCCUAUCAGCCAAUGGACCCUCGUCUUCGCGAAACACUUCAGAAAAUCAGAACCGAAAGGAACUCAGGCUUCGUCUUACCAGUCUCGACUUCACACCCUUGCGAUCAGAUGGGAACUGGGUGGUUCUCAGAUGGAACACAGCCGUCAUCCUUCCAGUCUCGUCUGCACACGCUUCGCGAUCAACUUGGAACUGCGGUUCCCACAUCGACAGCUCAACUUGGAACUGCUGUCCCCACAUCGACUGCUCAACGAACUGCCAUCCCCACAUCGACGACUCAUCGUACGGUACCAACCGCGCAGUACGGAACUGCGCUGAAUACAGGAGUAGAACAG